AUGGUAUUAGAGAUUUCUCUCACAGAUGAACCUGUGAGAGGAAACCAGCUUUUGGACAGGCCUUGUGAUGAAAUAUAUGUUGUCGGAGAAGGUGAAACCCUCCAUACCAUCAGCGACAAGUGCGGCGACCCGUAUAUAGUUGAGCAGAACCCACAUAUCCAUGACCCAGAUGAUGUUUUCCCUGGGCUUGUCAUAAAGAUCACAGCUUCAAAACCAAGGAAGUUAGUUGGGUAG